AUGGCGACUGUUGUUCCCCGGCUGAAAAAGCGGAGACUCUCGCCACACACCGCGACCUCACAGAUUGGCAUGGAUCUUCCUCCGUUUAUGAACAUGCCCGCAGCAUCCAUCGCUGCUCCCGCACACACAUAUUUGGCUGCUCCUUCAGACGUGCACACCAAUCUGUUCACAUAUCCCACGACUUGGAACCCUGUAUCACCCCAUGCUUUGGACCCCACAUCGUCCUCCUCGAUGGUGAUGACCCCAACCGCUGCAACAUCUACAACCGCUACAUCUAGUGCACCUUUAAUGCGCCCACCAUCGUCUCGUGCAUGUGUGCACGAGAUGAUCAACGGUCGCGAGCAGCAGGUGUUCCUCGUGAGUGAUGAUGAUGACGAUGAUGAUGAUAAGAAUCAUGGUGGCGACGGCCAUGAGAACGAAGACGAGAAUGACUACGACGCCCCUCCUGCUUCACCACUUUCUCGCCCAACCUUCUCAAAUGCCAACACCAGCAGCUCAGCAUACUUACACGGUGGGAAACGCAAGUCACUCGCUCCCUGGCAGCUAAACGAAAUACCAUCGAAGCGUCGACGUCCCAAUGAAUAUGUAGAUUCGGUCUUUGCGCCUUCCACGGUCGAGCCGCCUCCUCCCGCCACGUCCACACUCACCUCAGCAUGUGUUCCAGCACCGCCGCGCCCACAACAAACGACAACAGCUGCACCGAAUCUUUCCCAUGUGUCAACGCUAGCGAAAUUUCCCGCUCCAGCGCCAUCUCUGCCGUACCAAUUAGAUGCGUGGCAUUCAUCCUACGGAGCACCUCCGUCUUUGCCACGCACUGAACCUCCCAUCGCACUAGACGACAGAGACGGACACAUUAUUGUCCGAGAGGGUGAAUUCAUCACUCCUCGGUACCAGAUCCAAAAACUGUUGGGACAAGGCACGUUCGGCAAAGUCGUGCAAUGUUAUGACCGCAAACUGCACAAACUCGUCGCCAUCAAAGUAAUUCGAGCUGUGCAGAAGUACCGAGAUGCGAGCCAAAUCGAAAUUCGUGUUCUGCGAUGCUUGCGUCAAAAUGACCCGGCCAAUGAGCACCAGUGCGUCCAAUUGCUUGAGACGUUCGACUUUAGGAACCAUGUGUGUAUUGUAUCAGACCUGCUAGAUCGCAGUGUAUUUGACUUCCUCAAAGACAAUAAAUUCCAACCAUUUCCGUGUCGCGAUAUUUGGCUAUUUGCAAAGCAGUUGCUGAAUAGCGUCGCAUUCCUGCACAGACUAUCCCUCAUUCAUACGGACCUGAAGCCGGAAAACGUUCUUUUGGUCGAUGCGUCCUUCGACCUUGUCGCGACAUCACGACGCUCGAACGCGCGCAAGAAACGUGUUCUGCGUAAUGCAGAGAUUCGCCUGAUCGACUUCGGCAGUGCGACAUUUAGCAAUGAGUAUCACUCUGGCGUCGUGUCGACUCGACACUACAGGGCGCCGGAAAUCAUCCUCGGCAUGGGUUGGUCGUUCCCUUGUGAUGUUUGGUCCAUUGGAUGUAUUCUAGUCGAGUUCUUCACAGGUGAGGCCCUAUUCCAAACCCAUGAUAAUCUUGAGCAUCUUGCAAUGAUGGAAAUGGUACUCGGGAAAUUACCAGAUGAUUACAGACGCAAAGCCGAGACGUACAAGCCAGAGUACUUCUAUCACGGCCAUCUCGAUUAUCCGCGUCCUGAAACGACGAAGCAAAGUAGGCGUUAUGUCCAAAGUAUGAAGCCGCUACAAGACAUAAUUUCCGGCCCCCCAUCAUACGCUAAACACCAGCGCGAAUUCGUCUCGCUACUUCGUCGGCUCCUGGAAUUCGAUCCAGCCAAACGCAUAACUGUUGAAGAUGCCCUUAAGCACCCCUACUUCCAAUUGGACCCCAACGAAGUGCCGCCAUGA